GCACUCCUCAAAACCCUAGCGCCCCUCUCCUUCUAACAUUGUACUUCAUUUUCCCCACACUCUCACUAGCCAAACCUUGAACAAUGGCAGCCGCCGCUGCUGCCGUCCGCCCUCUAGUCUCCGUCCAGACUAUAGAAUCCGACAUGGCCACUGACGCCUGCCCAACCGUCCCUCUCGCUGAUGUCAUGAAAGCCUCGAUUCGACCCGACAUCGUCACCUUCGUCCACGACAACAUCUCCAAAAACCGCCGCCAACCCUAUGCCGUCUCCAAACGUGCUGGUCACCAGACCUCUGCCGAAUCCUGGGGUACCGGCCGUGCCGUCUCACGUAUCCCCCGUGUUCCCGGUGGCGGUACUCACCGCGCAGGCCAAGGUGCUUUUGGAAACAUGUGUCGUGGUGGCCGCAUGUUUGCUCCUACCAAGAUCUGGCGCCGCUGGCACCGGAAAAUCAACGUUAACCAGAAGCGUUACGCCGUUGCCUCCGCCAUCGCUGCCUCUGCUAUUCCUGCCCUCGUCAUGGCACGUGGCCACCGCAUCGAGGCCGUCCAGGAGAUGCCUCUGGUCGUAUCCGACGCUGUGGAGAGCGUGGAGAAAACCUCGGCUGCAAUUAAGCUUUUGAAGCAGGUUGGAGCAUAUCCUGAUGUAGAAAAGGCUAAGGACAGCCAAGGAAUCCGACCUGGAAAAGGAAAAAUGAGGAACCGGAGGUACAUUUCCCGUAAAGGUCCGUUGAUUGUUUACGGAACAGAGGGUGCAAAGCUCGUUAAAGCCUUCCGGAACAUUCCUGGAGUCGAGGUUGCCAACGUGGAGAGGCUUAAUCUGUUGAAACUCGCUCCUGGUGGACACCUUGGAAGGUUCGUUAUCUGGACCAAGUCGGCUUACGAGAAGCUGGACUCGAUUUACGGGUCAUUUGAUAAGCCUUCUGAGAAGAAGAAAGGGUACGUUUUACCCCGCGCUAAGAUGGUUAAUGCUGACCUUGCUAGGAUUAUUAACUCUGAUGAGGUUCAGUCGGUAGUGAAGCCGAUUAAGAAUGAGAUCAAGAGGGCGCCUUUGAAGAAGAAUCCACUUAAGAACUUGAAUGCUAUGCUGAAGUUGAACCCAUAUGCGAAGACUGCUAGGAGGAUGGCCCUUUUGGCUGAGGCACAACGUGUUAAGGCCAAGAAGGAGAAGCUUGACAAGAAGAGGAAGCCCGUUUCUAAGGAGGAGGCAACAGCAAUCAAGACAGCAGGCAAAGCUUGGUAUCAGACAAUGAUCUCAGACAGUGAUUACACAGAGUUUGAGAACUUCUCUAAGUGGUUGGGUGUGUCGCAGUAAUUUAGUUUUUGGCUUUAGAAAAUUCCUGCAGAGAAUGUUUGUAGCAGUUUUGUUUUGGUUUUGACAUUUUAUUUCCUUUGCUGUUUCAAGUUGUGGAUGAGAAUAGGUGGAACGAAAAUUAGUGGAAUGGCAUGCUCCCGUGCUAUUGUUUGUUUGGCCUCCGCCCUGUGUUCUUAUUAUUUAUGGCUAUUGGAAUAGUUCCUUUUGAAAUGAGAACAAGAAUUAAAUAGUUUUAAGGUGUCUCGUUGGUCUUUUCUGUUACUGAAAUGUUUAUUUUGCAGUGUCCCUCUAGUUAAGACUGGUUCCUAUAAUAAAAGCUUUAAUUCAUGUUUCUAUUA